AUGGCUGAUGUUACGAAGGUGAAGGAGGUGGUGAAGGAGUCACUGCUGGGCUCGGAGCUCCCUACUGAUGUGCAGCUGUCGGCGCAGUCCAAGGCCACCUUCGAUAAGAAUGCGCGGAAGGAUGAGAAGAGUGGAGAGCUGUUCAUGGGCGAGGAGGAGUUUAUUAAUGCCAUUGCGCCGGAGGGAGAGGAUUAUCACAAGAUUAAGCGCGAACAGUAUGCCAUCCUCUUCAGAGUUGCCGAUAGACGGAAUACGGGCAAGAUCAACCUGUUUGACUGGGGAACUUUUGAGAACCUUUUAGCAAAACCAGAUGCCGAGUACGAGAUUGCGUUCCGAUUAUUUGACGUCGAGGGCACUGGGACGGUCAAGUACGAUGAUCUGAAGAAACUGUACGAGAUAAACAAGGGCCCGGAUAGCAUUCCGUUCGACUGGAACUGCGAAUGGGCGACCUUGUACAGCGGUGGGAAGAAGCGGAGACAUGAUCUGACAUACCCACAAUUCACACAAAUGCUUAGAGGUCUGCAAGGAGAGAGGAUACGACAAGCCUUCCAUCACUUCGAUAAAGAUGGCGAUGGAUAUAUCGAGCCCGAAGACUUUCAGCGCAUCAUCCUCGAGACGGCCAGACACAAGCUCUCCGACCACCUCCUCGAAAACCUCCACACCCUCUGCAACAUCUCGGCAGGCACCAAAAUCUCCUAUGCCAACGUCCGCGCCUUCCAGAACAUGAUUAGAGAGAUGGACCUGGUGGAGAUGAUCAUCAGACAAGCUACAAUUCACAGCACAGAUGGCAAAAUCACCCGGACAGAUUUCCUCAACGAAGCAGCACGCAUUACCCGUUUCUCGCUCUUCACUCCUAUGGAAGCCGACAUUCUCUUCCAUUUCGCCAGUCUCGACGAACCAUCAGGACGCCUCGGCCUCUCGGACUUCGCAAAGGUCCUCGAUGCCUCAUGGCGCAACCCCCUCUACAACGCAUACAGCGACGUCGCCACGAAAGCCAAAACCACAACCCAACAUGUCCUCCACAGCAUCCUCGAAUCGGUGCACCACUUCGCCCUCGGUUCCUUAGCAGGAGCCUUCGGUGCAUUCAUGGUGUACCCGAUUGAUCUUGUCAAGACACGAAUGCAGAACCAGCGUUCAUCUCGAGUAGGAGAAAUGCUGUAUAAGAACUCCUUGGACUGCGCAAAGAAAGUUAUUCGAAACGAAGGAUUCAAGGGUCUCUACUCUGGUGUGUUACCACAACUUGUUGGUGUAGCGCCAGAGAAAGCCAUUAAAUUGACAGUGAACGAUCUCGUUCGAGGUCAUUUCUCCGCUCCCGAUGGCAAGAUCUGGAUCCCCCACGAAAUCUUAGCAGGUGGUUCCGCUGGCGCCUGCCAAGUCAUCUUCACCAACCCCCUCGAGAUCGUCAAAAUCCGACUCCAAGUGCAAGGAGAAGUAGCCAAGAACGUCGAAGGCGCGCCCCGGCGCAGCGCAAUGUGGAUCGUGCGAAACCUGGGUCUCGUCGGGCUGUACAAAGGCGCCUCCGCCUGUCUCCUCCGCGACGUCCCCUUCUCAGCAAUCUACUUCCCAACCUACAACCACCUGAAGCGGGACUACUUCGGCGAAUCGCAGACCAAGAAGCUCGGCAUCUUGCAACUGCUCACCGCGGGUGCGAUUGCCGGCAUGCCGGCCGCGUACCUCACUACGCCUUGCGAUGUGAUAAAGACGAGGCUUCAAGUUGAGGCGAGGAAGGGCGAUACCUCCUACACGAGUUUAAGACACUGCGCCCAAACAAUCUGGAAAGAAGAAGGCUUCCGCGCUUUCUUCAAAGGUGGACCAGCGCGUAUCCUGCGCUCAUCUCCGCAAUUCGGCUUCACAUUAGCGGCGUACGAAGUAUUACAAAACCUCCUCCCCUUACCUGGAGAUAAGGGAGAUGAAAAUGCGAAGCAUAUGGGUGUUGGUGCGCUACCUAGCGGUGCCGGGCUGCAGGGCCAGGAGGGGCCGUUGUCUUACCUGAGGAGCAGGAAUGCGCUGAAGAUUAUACUGGAUUUGGAUGGCGGCUUUGGGAAGCUGCCGAGUAAAGAGGGGUGGAGAGGGUUGCCGCGGGCGAUGGGUGGUGGUGGGGAAAAGUAG